AUGUUUGCUUCAGGCGCGCAAACGGGUGCCAAUACCCCAAGAUCACAGGCGGUCUCGCGACCACUCGCUCUUUCGCAUGGCACACUCGAGUACAAUUUCCUUAUUCCGACAGCGCUACAUUUCAACGCUACACAAUUGAAAGACGCCUUUCUAGCCAGUCUCCCAGAGCCUACCGACGAACUUGCACAAGAUGACGAGCCGUCAUCGAUCACGGAACUUGUUGCGAGGUAUAUGCUAUUCAUCGCCAACGAGGUCGAUGCGAGCGAAGACGCCGAACUCUUUGUUGAGGUGCUCAAGCUUGUCGUCACAGAAUUCGAGCGACAUUUCCUGCGCGGCAACGAAGUCCACGCUAUUGCAGCGACCAUUCCUGGCAUCUAUGAGAAAAAGCUGAUUGUGGUACAAGCAUAUUACGCUGGACGGGCGGCAGUGAAGCGCACCAUUCGUGCUCACGAGUCAGCUCUAUUUCGUGAGGCUGCAGACGAGAAUGCAUUCAUCUAUGCGGUGUUUGGCGGACAGGGCAACAUUGAGGAAUACUUUGACGAACUCCUAGAGGUCUACAAUGCAUACCCAUCGCUAGUACGCGAUUUCCUCAACGUCGCUGCCCAGCAUCUGCAAUUCCUCGCCAGAGACCCCGAAGCUUACAAGAGCUACGCCAAAGGUCUUGACGUACUUCGAUGGCUCGACAACCCCGAUUCUCAACCGGAUAUCGAUUACCUUGUUUCUGCACCUGUCAGCUUGCCUCUCAUUGGUUUGACACAGCUCGCACACUACGUCGUGACCUGUCGAGUGCUUGGAACUCAUCCUGGACAUGUACGAGACAAGUUCUCUGGCACGACAGGCCACUCGCAAGGUGUCGUGACUGCUGCUGCCAUCGCUGCUUCAUCAAAUUGGGAGUCGUUUGACAAGCAAGCCAGAAAUGCGUUGACCAUUCUCUUCUGGAUCGGUGCGCGCAGUCAGCAAGCAUAUCCGCGAACUUCACUCGCACCAAAUGUGCUCAAAGACUCCAUGGAGAGUGGCGAGGGGACGCCGACUCCUAUGCUGAGCAUCCGUGACCUACCAGCAGCGACUGUCGAAAAGCUCAUCGCAACGACCAACGAACAUCUGCCGAAGGAGAGACAUAUCGCCAUAUCGCUGAUCAACAGCGCCCGAAACUUUGUGGUCAGCGGUCCUCCCAUGUCGCUGUAUGGUCUAAGCCUACAACUUCGCAAGAUCAAGGCGCCGACUGGCCUCGACCAGGCUCGCAUUCCUCAUACCGAGCGAAAGCUGAGAUUUUCCAAUCGUUUCCUGCCCAUCACAGUCCCAUUUCACAGCUCUUAUCUCACCGGUGCCAUCAAGCACCUGGAGACCGACCUUAAGGAUAUCAACAUCGCAGGCAGUGAUUUGGGUGUUCCUGUGUACCACACCUGCUCAGGCGAAGAUCUUCGAGACAUGAAAUCUGGAAACAUUGUGCCCACGCUGGUCAGCAUGAUCUGUCAAGAGCAAGUUCUUUGGGAAAAGGUCACCACCAUGCCCAACGCUACACACAUUCUCGACUUCGGUCCAGGCGGCAUUUCGGGCUUGGGCGUAUUGAUCAACCGAAACAAGGACGGUACUGGUGUGCGCGUCAUUCUCGCAGGGACCAUGGAUGGUACCAACACCGACGUCGGAUACAAGCCCGAGAUUUUCGAUCGUGACGCGGAGCAUGCCGUCCGAUAUGCUACAAAUUGGGUCAAGCAAUAUGGCCCCAAGCUUGUUCGAACGUCUGUUGGCCAGAUAUAUGUGGACACCAAGAUGAGUCGAUUGCUCGGUCUGCCGCCCGUCAUGGUCGCAGGCAUGACACCAUGCACCGUGCCUUGGGAUUUCGUCGCAGCCACGAUGAGCGCCGGCUAUGAGAUCGAACUCGCCGGCGGUGGCUACUAUGAUGAUAAGAGCAUGACGGAAGCCAUCUCGAAGAUCGAAAAGGAGAUUCCAGCCGGUCGCGGUAUCACUGUAAAUUUGAUUUACGUCAACCCUCGAGCCAUGGCGUGGCAGAUUCCAAUGAUCCAGAGACUCCGAGCCGAGGGUGUUCCGAUCGAAGGUCUCACCAUCGGCGCUGGCGUUCCGUCCAUCGAGGUUGCAAACGAGUAUAUCGAGACGCUCGGUAUCAAGCACAUGGGUUUCAAGCCUGGCUCGAUCGAAGCCAUUCAAGCUGUCAUCAACAUUGCGAAGGCCAAUCCUAGCUUCCCCAUCAUGAUGCAGUGGACAGGCGGACGCGGCGGUGGCCAUCACUCGUUCGAGGACUUCCAUCAACCUAUGCUCGCGAUGUACAGUCGGAUUCGACGAUGUGAAAAUAUUGUCAUGAUCGCUGGCUCCGGAUUCGGUGGCGCCGAGGACACCUAUCCAUACCUCAAUGGUACCUGGGCGAAGAAAUACGGAUACCCGCCGAUGCCAUUUGAUGGUGUCUUGUUCGGUAGUCGUGUCAUGGUUGCCAAAGAGGCUCACACCUCCAAGAUGGCCAAGCAGGCUAUUGUUGAUGCACCAGGUCUUGAGGACCAUGAGUGGGAGAAGACGUACAAGGGUCCUGCCGGUGGUGUCAUCACCGUCCGUUCCGAGAUGGGCGAGCCCAUUCACAAGCUGGCAACACGUGGUGUCAAGUUCUGGGCUGAGAUGGACGACAAGAUUUUCAGCCUACCCAAGGCUAAGCGCAUUCCCGAAUUGAAGAAAAAUCGCGAAUACAUCAUAAAGAAGCUGAACGACGAUUUCCAGAAGCCAUGGUUCGGACGCAACCAGGCGGGCGAAUCUGUUGACCUCGAAGACAUGACGUAUGGCGAGGUCGUGCGCCGAAUGGUCGACCUCAUGUACGUGAAGCACCAAAGCCGUUGGAUCGACAAGUCCUUGGCGCGUCUGACUGGUGACUUCAUUCGCCGAAUUGAGGAACGCUUCACCCCGACAAACGGUGCAGGCUCUAUCAUUCAGACAUACAGCGAAUUAGACAAGCCAUUUGAUGUUCUUGAAAAGGUCUCUGAGGUUUAUCCAGAAGCAGACGCUCAGCUCAUCAAUGCUCAAGAUUGCCAGCACUUCCUGUUGCUCUGCCAGCGCCGCGGACAGAAGCCUGUGCCCUUUGUCCCGUGCCUCGACGACACAUUCGAAUUCUUUUUCAAGAAGGACUCUCUUUGGCAGUCAGAAGAUCUCGAUGCGGUGGUUGACCAAGAUGUCGGUCGUGUCGCAAUUCUCCAAGGCCCAAUGGCCGUCAAAUUUUCCACGACUGUGGAUGAGCCAAUCAAAGAUAUUCUCGAUGGCGUGCACCAAGGCCACAUCGAGAGGCUGACUCGGGAUCUUUAUGGCGGCAAAGUCAACAAGAUUCCGCUCGUCGAGUACUUUGGCGGCAAAUUCGUCGCGCCAAGCUCAAACGCCAACAUGGAAGGUCUGACAAUCCACGAGAUUGAGCACAAGACUGUCUACAGAUUAUCGGCCAGCUCCAACACGCCGCUACCCCCUGUGCAAAAUUGGUUGGAGCUGCUCGCGGGACAAGCUCGUACUUGGCGCCAUGCGUUCUUCAACACCGAUGUAUUUGUUCAAGGCCAGCGUUAUCAGACCAACCCAAUGCGACGUCUUUUUGCACCGACGCCUGGAAUGGUGGUAGAGAUCAUCCAUCCCAAGGAUCCUCAAAAGACUAUCAUCACUGUCAAAGAGCCUACUCAUGGCAUCCAAUACAUUCAAACUGUUGAGAUUGGGCCGAUCUCGAAUGGACAGUUCACCCUGAACAUGAUCGAAUAUCGGACCGCAUCUGGCAUCCCUGCCGCGCUGCCGCUGCAUUUCAAAUACCAUCCGGAAACAGGCUAUGCUCCGAUUCGUGAGGUCAUGACGGCUCGCAAUGAUCGCAUCAAAGAAUUUUACUACCGCAUCUGGUUCGGCAAUGAACCAGUCCCAUUCGACACGCCUGUCACAUCUCGCUUCGAGGGCGGCAGGGUCACUGUUACCAGCGAAGCCAUCAAUGACUUUGUGCAUGCCGUCGGCAACACAGGGGAAGAGUUUGUUGAGCGACCUGGCAAGGAGGUCCUUGCGCCCAUGGACUUUGCUAUCGUGGUCGGCUGGAAGGCUAUCACGAAACCCAUCUUCCCACGCAAGAUCGAUGGUGACUUGCUCAAACUUGUGCAUCUCUCCAAUGGAUUCCGCAUGCUACCAGGUGCCACACCACUGAAAGUUGGUGACGUUGUUGACACUACGGCCGAGGUCAAUGCCGUUGUCAACACCGACUCGGGCAAGAUGGUGGAGAUUUGCGGCACCCUCGUGCGUGACAGCAAGCCGAUUAUGGAAGUGACGAGUCAAUUCCUCUACCGCGGUGCGUACAACGACUUCGAGAACACAUUCCAGCGCAAAGUUGAAACUCCGAUUCAAAUGCACCUUGCCACCACCAAAGAUGUGGCGGUGCUCCAGUCCAAGGAAUGGUUCCGGCUAGAGGAUUCGCCACCUGAAUUACUUGGUCAGACCAUCGUGUUCAAACUCUCCACGCUGGUACGUUUCAAGAACAAGACUGUGUUCUCUUCAGUACACACUGUUGGCGAUGUCGAGCUCGAGCUUCCCACAAAGGAGGUUAUCAAGAUCGCAUCUGUUGAUCACGAGACUGGCACGUCAUUUGGCAAUCCCGUCCUUGACUACCUCAAGCGUCACGGUUCUGCUCUCGAUCAACCCGUGAUGUUCGAAAAUGCCAUUCCUCUUCACGGCAAGGAUCCCCUUGUUCUCAAGGCGCCUUCAUCCAACGAGACUUAUGCUCGUGUGUCUGGUGACUACAACCCGAUUCAUGUCUCGCGUGUAUUCUCACAAUACUCCGGCCUUCCUGGAACCAUCACGCACGGAAUGUACUCGAGUGCAGCCGUGCGAGGCCUCGUCGAGACAUGGGCAGCUGAGAACAUCGCUGGUCGUGUUCGCAGCUUCCACGCUUCCCUCGUUGGAAUGGUCUUACCUGACGACGUCAUCGAGGUGAGAUUGGAGCACGUCGGUAUGGUCGCUGGUCGUAAAAUUAUCAAGGUCGAGGCCAUCAAACCCGAAACAGAGGACAAGGAAGAGGAGAAGGUCCUGCUUGCUGAAGCCGAGGUGGAGCAACCCGUUUCAUCUUACAUCUUCACUGGUCAGGGUUCUCAGGAGCAAGGUAUGGGCAUGGAACUCUAUGAGUCCAGUCCCGUGGCGAAAGAGGUCUGGGAUCGCGCCGACAAGCACUUCUUGGACAAUUACGGCUUCGCGAUCACGAACAUCGUCAAGAACAAUCCCAAGGAACUGACCAUCCACUUUGGCGGCGCCCGCGGCAAGGCCAUUCGCAAGAACUACAUUGACAUGGUCUACGAGACUGUAGCUGCAGAUGGCAGCAUCAAGUCAGAGAAGAUAUUCAAAGAGAUCACGGAAGAUUCCACCUUCUACACGUAUCGAUCGCCGACCGGCCUACUAUCAGCAACACAAUUUACACAGCCGGCUCUGACGCUCAUGGAAAAGGCCUCAUUCGAAGACAUGCGUUCCAAAGGCGUUAUCCAGCGUGACAGCAGUUUCGCAGGGCACUCUCUGGGAGAGUACAGUGCUCUAGCCGCUCUCGCUGAAGUGAUGCCGAUCGAGAGCUUAGUCUCGGUGGUGUUCUACCGUGGUCUGACCAUGCAAGUCGCCGUUGAGCGCGAUGCCGAUGGGCGAUCCAACUAUGCCAUGUGCGCAGUCAAUCCCUCUCGCAUCGGCAAGACGUUCAAUGAGCAAGCCCUACAAUACGUGGUGGAGAACAUCAGCGAGACAACCACCUGGCUGCUGGAGAUUGUCAACCUCAACGUACAGAACAUGCAGUACGUGUGCGCAGGAGAGCUUCGCGCAUUGGACACCCUCACCGAUGUCCUCAACUAUCUCAAGUCUCAGAAGAUGGAGAUUCAGCAGCUGAUGCAAACAAUGAGCAUUGAAGACGUCAAGGCCAAACUUGUCGAGAUCAUCCGCGAAUGCGCCACCCGUACCGAAGGCAAGCCUCAACCUCUGGAGCUACAGCGCGGUUUCGCAACCAUUCCACUACGCGGCAUCGAUGUGCCUUUCCACAGCACCUUCCUCCGCUCCGGCGUCAAGCCCUUCCGAUCCUUCCUCCUGCGCAAGAUCCACAAGGCCAGCAUCGACCCUUCCAAGCUCGUGGGGAAGUACAUUCCGAACGUCACGGCAAAGCCUUUCGAGCUUACGCGUGAAUACUUUGAGGAUGUCUAUCGUCUGACCAAGUCCCCACGCAUCGGAAACAUUUUGGACAAUUGGGAGAAGUAUGCCUCAGACGAGGAAGGGGUGGUGCGACCACCGGCCGGCAGUGAGGCCAGUGGUGCAGCCCCUGUCCUCGUCGGCCCGUGA